GAGCAACACUUGUUGUCAAGGUUUGUUGACCCUCCAUGGCAUGGAGUAUAUGUUUUCACUUAGAGAUGUUCAUAUAAUUAAAACGCUCCUGAACAGACCCCACAAUCCAUGUGGUGAACUGGCUAAAAUGAGGGUCCUGGAUAUUUUGUUUUUUUCCUCUCAUUUUCUUAUAGUUGCUUCUAACCAAGCUUUAACCUUUGAAGCUAACUGCAAUGACCACGCUGUCUUUAAAGCAGUAGAUUUGGCACUAAGAAGUCACAAUGCUUUGCUGGAAGAAGGAAACCAAUUUGUUCUUCACAGGAUCACCGAAGCCAGAACAAGGCCGGAAAUAAACCAGGUACAUUUUUUUGUGGAUUAUGAAAUACGAGAAGGUUCCUGUGGAGUGAAGAGUGGUAAAAUGUGGCAGGAAUGUGACUUCCUUACACCUGAUGGAGUGGUUGGUAAGUGCUCAGCACACGUUAUAACGAACAAGGAAAUGAAUAACAGCAACGUGGCUUUCCAGCACUGUGUCUCACCUACAGUGAUGGUCCCAGUGACUGAUGGAGUCUGCACUGGAUGCUUACAUCAUAUUGACCCCAAUCGUGAGGAGUUGCUAGACAUAUUACAGUCCACCAUCAAGAAAAUGAACCUGGGAAACCAUCCAUUUCACUUUCAUGUGGAAAACAUUAAGGAAGCCAGCCAACAGGUAGUGAAUGGAUGGAACUAUUAUAUAAGUUAUGUUGUCCGACAAACCAACUGCUCUAAAGUUGAUUUUAAUGUUACUACAGAAGAAUGCAAACGUGAUAAAAACGGGCAAUCAGGUGAAUGUACUGCUGCCAUAUAUGUGAGCCCAGGUGGGGAAAUUAAUGUCACUAGUCUUUAUUGUAUCUCGGAGUCAGGACUCUGUCUGAAUUGCCCUGAUGCUGUGGAACCACAAGACCCCGAGCUCCUGAAUUUGUUAAGACAGGUGGUUGAUGAAUAUAAUGUUGACAGUAACCAUCAAUUUCUUUAUAAAUUUGCUCUGGUUCAAAGGGCCACAAAAAAGGUUCACAGUGGAAAAAUAUAUUCCGUGAUAUUUAACAUAAGUGAGACCAACUGUUCAAAGACCGAAUUUUCUAUACUGGGAGAUGAGUGUGACAUCAACAAGCUCCCUAGACCUUUACAGUGUUCUGUUACAAUAAAUGCCACGGAUGAAACGAUUAUUGACUAUUCGGGCCUUCAUUGUGAUUCUUUGAUGCCUUAUUUUGAGAACAUACAAGGACUGACACCUUUUCGUAUGACUCCUGGUAUUCUGAUAAGGAAUGGACGCUCUCAGGAGAAAGCAAAAAGAAAAGUUCAUGGUCGUAAAGAACACAUACAAAAUGGUAAAAAAGGCAAGAGAAACCACGAAUCUAAACACGAGUCUUCUGAAGAGUCUACAGAACAAAUAAAACAUCAGGGCCAAGAAAUGGAGCAUGAGAUGGACACAACAACGUCUAAAGGACCUCUCUCAUAUGUUGACUAUACUACUAUAUCAAAUCUGCCUGUGCCAGAAGCUACCUCUGCCCAAAGAUGUCCUGGGAAUGAGUGGCAGCCAAGGAAAAGUGCAUUUGGACAACCCCUGCUCCAACUUCUUAGUAAGAGUAUACCUGGACUAUCGCCUCUUCGUACACCUUUGAAUUUUGGAGUGUAAAUUAAAAUCCAGCGCAUGAAGAAGACAUGGAUGACCACUGAAACGUUGACGUUUAGAGAACAAUCGAGGCACUCAUUGACUUUCUCUGGGCAUGUUGAACAAUAUGCAGCUCCACUAAAUACCCCAUUCUAGAAUAAGCAGUAUCAGAUCUUGUUAGACGAAUGUCCCCUGCAUAGCAGCUCCUUAGGACCUCGUAUAUAUCUCCACUGUCAGAUGAAGAAUUUUUACAAUAUUUGUAUUCCUCUUUACAUGGGGCAGUGCAAAAAGGUAAUACUAAUUAUGAUAGUCUCAGAGAUGUGAAACCUUUAAACAUUGAAGGGCUUGCAUUUACUAUUCAACUCUUGAGUGCCAGAAGAUCUUUAUGUUAUGAGCCAAUAUUAAGGUUCAUGCCAUAGAGAACAGCUUCCCCAUUUUUCAACUUCAAUACACAGUGCGACUUAUGGUAACCUAGAAAUCUAAGUUCCAAAUAAAAACAAAAUUGAAUUGUAAUUAAAAUAAAAUAUAAAA